CGCUGACGGCCGCACCUCCACGCGGCGUAUAAAUGGACGCCGCACCAUCACCGUGACACAAAGGCGUCCCGGCUCCUCCUCGCGCAUCACGCGGUGAAGCCAGCAUGGAAGCCGCCAUCUUGACUUUGGUGCAGCAGUUCAAGGAGUACGCGGGCCGCGACGGGUCCGCCGCCACACUGAGCCGCGACGAGUUCCGCCAACUGGUGGCCUCGCAGCUGCCCAACUUUGUGGAGACCGCCGAGCCGGACGCGGCGGAGCGCCUCAUGUCGUCUCUGGACCAGAACGGUGACGGCGAGCUGACCUUCAGCGAGUUCUGGCAGUUGAUCGGGAAGCUGGCCAGCAAGCAGGGCGGCUACGCCGCCUAGAACGCCGCCGCCUGGCCCGUUGCCCUUUUUUUCCUGGUUAACCUUUGGCCCCGGAUUAAAGGCUUCAUUGUUUC